ACUCGGAGAUGCCUCUAAGGUCACAGCCAAAGGCCUGGGAAUCGAACCCGUGGGGAAUGUGGCCAACAAACCCACUUACUUUGACAUCUACACUGCAGGUCAGAGACUUCACAGACGCUCAAAACAGCCACUUCAGCUUUCAGACAACAAAAGAAAAACACAAAAGCACUUAUAUUGUCCAAAAUGUAUGAGUGCUUAUCUCACUACUCACGUCAAAGGUUUUUAGCCAUUAAGAGCACAACUCCCCACGUCCUUCUGCAGGUUUUCAGAGGAUCAGAGAAAUGUGUAUUUUGUUCAAACUUACUGACAUUUCCUCUGAAUAUGAUGUCAAGACUGAGCACACGAUUGACUUUUCAACACCACAGUACAGUUUUAAUUCAAUAGAGUUCAAAUGAUUUCAAAACCAUCAAAUUGUGUGUUUUUUGUUUUUUUUAAUAUUUACACAUAGUUUCGACAGAGCAGUGCAGCCAACAGUACACUCAGCUCUUUACUCCAUCUUUAUUUCCUGGCUCGAUAGUCUGUAUUCAUUGAGAAACGCGGGACAAGUCUUGGCUGGAAAUCUUGAAUCAUCAACCUCUUAAUACUCAGGAUCUCAAAAAACUUAACCCGAUCCCAGAAGCUCUAUUGUCGUCAGGUGAUUGUCCACUUCUUCCAGGGUUGUUAAGUAUGUAAUUCCCUAUUUAAUCAUUUAGAUAAAUAAGCUUUAGAAACACACUGAAUAAAUAACCUUUGGUAGAUCUGCUGACCUCUUUCUCCUCCUGCUCCACCCUCCAGUCCAAAUAUGGUCACUCCCAACUCCAAACCACCAGGACACAUUAGCCUCACUUCCAAACUUAGGGCUUUAAACCAAACUCAUAAAAUCAACGAGUGACAAGUGUCAUCAGUCAGUCCUGAGGGGGUCUGAUGUCAUUAUCACAGACUGUAAAUCAAGCGUCGCACACACACACACACACAUGCAGCCUGUGACUCAAUCUUACACACCCACGCCUUUUGUUUUCUGUGUAAGCGCGCACACACACACAAACACCGGAGGUAUUUGGACGUGAAUCAGCCUGCCGGCCUCAGUGUUGAGUAACUUCCAUUUUUUUGUCUUUAUGAGAUAAGACGGCUGACGAGGGACAGGAAAUGUGGGGAAGAGAGAUCUGGGAUGACACACAGGGAGGAGCUGAUGGUCGGCUCAGCCUGUGGUCGCUGCAGUGAUGAGUGUACAGUAGUCUGUGUCCAUUUAACACCAGAUCUCUGCUCAGUGUCAGGGUCAGUGUCAGCCAGUUCAGGGUCCAGGUCCAGGUCUCCCUCUUUACCAUCAUGAAGUACAGGUGCUCAUGUAAACAGCUGCACACUGACUUAAGAUCAUCCUCUGAAUUUGUCCAAGAGAAACUAGCGUCAUACUUGAUUUCUACGUUUCGAGCAAAUCCAAAAGACAUGAGGGAAGAAAGGGUUGAAAGGGCGAGUUUACUAUCAAUAGAAGAGGGUAAAAUCUGGUAUAGAUAGAAGGUGUUUAUCAGGUCUUGUCCUGCAGAGUUCAGUAAUGAAUGUAAAAGAAAAGUCAGAAAUAUCUUAAGAAGGGCUGUCGAAAGAUUAUUUCUUAACCACGAUUAAUGGCAUAGCACUGGAGGAUGUUCUCCAGGAUUCAGGUCUCCUGGUCUCCUGGUCUCCUGGUCAUACUGAAGUUUCUUUUCUCUGCAGGAGCCGGAACCGGAGAUGUGACGACCAUGAUCAAGGACCCCGCGGGCCGUCAGAACAGCGUGGAGGUGAUGAUGGAGGACAAGGGAGACAGUGUGUAUCGCUGUACCUACAAACCAACGCAGGCUGGACCGCAUACAGUCACUGUCACAUUUGGAGGGGUCGGGAUCCCCAAGAGUCCCUUCAGCGUGGACGUGGGGCCUGGUGGGUCACUGAAACUUCACACUAAUAAAAAUUGAUCAUCGUGAGCAAACAUGUUACACACAAUGGUUACUCAGUGUGCUUUAAACAAAAAUAGAAGACUGAAUAAAUGUAGAUUAAUGAAAAAUCACAUCCAGGUUGGAGAGUAUAUUCAGAGGUUCCUGAAAAGAGAAAAGAUUUUACCCUGGAUUUAAAAAUAUUAACACUGAGAGAAAGUUUCAACACUCUUUUUCUACCAGCCUGCAUGCCUGGUGCGUGCAGAGCCACAGGUCGAGGUCUCCAGCCGUCAGGACUGAGGGUGAAACAGGUCGGAGACUUCAAGGUGGACACAAGAAACGCCGGCAGUGGAGACCUGAAGGUGGUCGUCAAAGGACCCAGUGAGUACAGCUCACACACCCAGGAGUUUUAGAGGGAAAGGUGUCAAAAAGUUAGGAAGCUUUAUUUUCAUGACUCUGAUUGAUAUAUGUGUGUGUGUGUGUGUGUGUGUGUGUUUGUGUUUGUGUGUGUUCAGAGGGCACAGAGGAGCCGGUGAAGCUGAUCUCCAGUCAGGACGGUGUCUUCUCCUACGAGUAUCACCCCAAAAACCCAGGCAAACACAUCGUGUCCAUCACCUGGGGAGGUCAGCACAUCCCCAAGAGGUGAGUUUCAAAGAAUCACCUCAGCGUGUAACCUCAUCUCACCUGAACAGUUCAGUCCGCCAGAGAAUCGAGACCCCGAGCUCUCUCUGUCACUUUGUUGAGCACGUCUGUUUGUUUCCUGUCAUUUCUAAGCCCCUGAUUGGAUUAAAAAGUCACCUAUGAGAUUAUUAGAGAACCGUUCGUCCUGAAGAAGACUUGGAUGUGGAUGAAAUGCUGCAGAUUAAAACAUCUGUAAAUACAAAACUAAAGACAGACCGCUCCAUGCAUGUUUCAGGUUUGUCUCAAUGGUGAGCAGACAAACUCUCAGGUCACACAGGUUCAGAAAGUUCCCACAGUAAAGAGGCCGUCUUCAACUCUUCAGGGCUUUUUGAGCAGGUUUCUGUUUUUUAUCACCUAAAGCUAAACGUCUGUGAAAAUGACAGAAAACUCGUCCUGCUCAUCUCUCUGUGUUUCCUCUGCUCGGAGAGAAACAUGCUGUUAAUAGAUGUCAGGUAAGGACUGUAUGGCCCCUUAAACUGAUGAGGAACACUGAACAAGAUCUGUGUGAUAAUCAACAUGUUACCAUAGCAACAAUAACCAUAUCAACUAACAGCAGAGAUACUGAGAUCAGACGCGUGAUUAAGUAUUACAUCAUCACUAUUACUUAGACGCUGCAGCCUCUGGUCUUAGACACUAGAGCUGAUAUUGAAGUGCUAGAAACUGCAGUUCCACAAGUGUCCACUAGAGACAGCUGUUUAUUCCAGGAUCUGCAGACAUCGUACGUGAAAUAUGCUGUAAAAUAAAACAGUAUUCUAAUAUCUCCACUCUCCCUUUUUUUUGUUUUCAGCCCAUUCGAUGUGACGGUGGGUCGGGAGGCGGGGCCUCAACAGAUCAGAGCCUGGGGUCCAGGUCUGGAGGGUGGCGUUGUGGGUAAACCUGCCGCCUUUGUUGUGGAGUCUGUCGGCACUGACGUUGGCGUGCUCGGUGAGAUUUCCUUUCCCUUAAUUUUGCACGUAAUUUAAUAAGAUGCUUGAAAGGAGUCAGACAGACUUUAAUCUCCACCUCUGAUCCGUUCUGACUAACCCUCUGUGUCCGCAGGGUUUGCCAUCGAGGGUCCGUCUCAGGCUAAAAUCGAGUGUGAGGACCAGAACGACGGCUCCUGCGAUGUUCGUUAUUGGCCGACUGAACCUGGAGAGUACGCCGUCCAUGUGACCUGUGACGAAGAGGACAUCGAACACAGUCCCUUCAUGGCGCUCAUCGUCCCCGACAACAACGACAGUCAUCCAGACAAGGUCAGGACCGGAGUCCAACUCAGCCUGAAGCUCCCAGUGACAAAUGUCAAACUCUAAAGAUGGUGGAUUAAAGGUGUGGGGUUGAACAGAAGGUUUUGUGUUUGUAGGUCAAAGCUUACGGACCUGGAAUUGAAAGAAGCGGCUGUUUGGUCAACCAGCCCACUGAGUUCACUGUCGAAACUAAGGAUGCUGGGAAAGGACCUCUGAAGAUCUCAGCUCAGGUGAGACCGAGAAAUCCUCCUUACUUUUUAGACUUCUUGUUUGUUUUCCAUGAGUCAGGAGAAAAUGAGGACCCUGACUUUGACAUAAACUGUCAAACUUGUUCUUGUUGAGUCUUAAAUCCUCCUCUCCUCUUUCACGGUCUUUGUUUCAGGACGCUGAGGGUCUCCCGUUGGACGUGAAGGUGAAGAGUAAAGGUGACGGUCUGCACUCCUGCUCCUACACGCCCUCCUCUCCUCUCAAACACACAGUGUCCGUCGCCUGGGGAGGAGUCAGCAUACCCAACAGCCCCUUCAGGGUAAGCAGCCAAUCACUGCUCCCCGUUACUACAGGAGGCUUUAAGACCGCCCAAUCAGAGUCUUUAGUGAAGGCAGAGCGUGUCAGAGUCGUCCAAUCAGAGCAGAGCAUUCAUGAGGAGCGUUUAGAGAUGGUUAAGUCCAAACAGAGCGGUAAAAGUAAGCGGCCUCUGAUUAUUAUCACCACCUCCAUGGAGGAGAGGUUCAGCUCUUAGUUUGGAUGGAGAAGGGAACAAACUUCAGACAUUUUAACUUUUCUUUGUUCACGAUUUCUCAUUCAUCACUCUGUAACCCUGUUGUGUGCAGUAACAGCGUCUCUCUGUGUCACCGGGACGUCACAAACUCUCAUUUUCUGUCUGCUUUGAAGUUUUUGUUGCUGAAGUUUGUGUGUUUGUGUGGAUGAUAUCGUCACUUUGUGCUCUAACCUGUCUGUUCUGCACUGUAAUCCCCGCCUGCAUGGGACUCACUUUCUUUUAUGGAUGUUUUAACACUUUAGAGUUUGAGCUGCACUAAAACUUCACUUCUCUGAACCUCUGAGUCAAACUGCAAAAACAGCCCAAGAGCUUUCGAAUUUCAGUGAAGUCAUUAUUAUCCAGUUAUCGACCUUAGUUAUAUCCUGCUGUAUCCUCUAACAUUUCAAUGAUGCCGACUGAAUUAAUCUGAAAAUAAGAGAAAAUCUCUAAGAGAAGGGACUGUCUCAUAUUCUUUAUGUAUUAAUGACAUGCAACAGGACUGCACCACUUACUGACAAAGUUAGUGUGCCACUAAUGACUGAGACCAGCUGUCGCUCACAACCUCAGCACCAGAGGGAUGAAAAAGUGGUGAGACUCAUUUUAAUUUGCGGUAGAGACUUUUAAAUACGAGUAACAGGUGCUUCAUUUACAUUCACAACACUCGUCUUGUUUCAUUUAAAUAGGAAAUUUAUAUGAUUUUAUUUCUGAAGGUGUUAAAACAACAUCCUGUAUGUUUUAUUAUAAUUUCAAUUGAAACAGAUUUCCACGUUAAAAGAAGAGUUUUUGCUCAUGAAAAGAGCGAGUCGUCUUAUAAUCAGGCAGGUCUUACGUUCAGAUUUUACCGUGAAGAAUCUCCGUUUUGACCUGCAGGUUUUGACGGGAUUGAGGCUCAGAUAAGUGAAGCUCUUCUGUCGUCUUUUAUUUGUUGUGAAGUUCAUUUUGUUUCUUUUAAAUGAAAACCUUUUCACCUCUUCUAUCUGACCCAUGAGCUGAAAUCAUCCUGUUUCCUCUCAAGAUGAAACCAUUGAAGACAGAGUUAGGAUGCUGCUUUGACUGGACCAGAGUUGUGAUGCUCACAGCUUUAAAACCCAAACUAAGUUCCUCUCAGUGAAAAGGUUUUCAUUCUCCGUUUAAAGUGUGCACUAUCUGGUCGUGUCUGCACUCUAACCACCUUUAGUUUAGUAUUUUAAUGUCGUUUUUAAGAGCUCUCUCUCUGCUCUCAGAUUCCUGUUCUGUUUAUCAGCUGUCCUCCCUCUGUGCUGCUCUUCUAAGGUGUUUACAGACUCACCUGCAGGGCAGCUAAGUUUAUGAGAGAUUUCCAAACAGGACUCAGAUAUGUCUGGAUCUGCGUCUGUGUUCUCUUCAGGAAUUUAUGACGAUACCAAAACGCUUUCAAAGUUGGCACAAACAGCGUUUCCUUUGUGUCGAGACAGAGUCCUGAAGUCAUCCGACAGAACAAAAGACGCUGAUAAUGAGUUUGAAGGGAUGUGAUUUAAGUGUAAUUCAAGAUGCAAGACUUUAAAGUGUUGGAUUUUCCUCCAGUUCUGAUGGUGACGGGUUUUUCUACAAAUCAUUUGAGCUCCUCAGUGAAGUUGGUACACGUCCGUGAAGGUAUCAUUUCAGGUUUCUGAGCCGAUGUCACAGUGAUGAAUCAGCAGGCUUGUUGUGAGCUGCAGCAGCCUGCAGUUUGGCACAGAUGGAGAUUUUCUGCAGCUUUUAUGUUGAUCCAGGUGAUGGAGGGAAGGUAAACAGACACACCUUAGCUCAGAGCUGCUGGGAAAACAGCAGCGACACCUUUUCAUUACGAUGAGGAAGGUGAAGAUGUGAGCGUUGAGGAGAGGUAAAGGUGGAUGAAGACGUGGCCCUAAGUGACCUUAACCGCCAAUUACAUCCACUGUCUCAGAAGAGUCACGAAAGUUUCUGCCUUUUUAUCAAAACUCACACAGCAGCAGACACAGCUCAUGAUUCCUGAAGUGACAUUUCCUGUACAGCUAAGUUUUAGCACCUGUGUUGAAAAAAAUGCUGAGUCAGCGUCAUUCACUCAGAGCUCAGCUGGUAAAGUUUGGCCGUGAGAAUCAGGAGGAGUUUUUCUUCUUUGGAUAAUUUUCUUUUGCACUAAUCGAUGAUACAGGAGAAGAAUAAAUAUUAGGAUGUGAUUUCCUACGAGGUUUUAGACUGAAGCUCUACAAACAGGGCAGUAUGACUAUGAAGAAACUAAACCAUGAGCACAUCUCAGUGUUCAGUCAUGAAGUUAAAGAGCCACAUGAAGUUGAUGGUUUUGAGGACAGCUGAUUAACAAACUGAUUUGACCUGAAGAGCUGCUUUGAGGUGAUCAGGUUCACUUCUCGUUCUUUAAUACUGAUGAGUCAUGUGUUCAGCUCGAUGGUUGGGUCACUUUUAGCGAAAAUAACUCGGAUACAGAAACUUGAAGAGACUACCUCUGGUGCACGCUUUAACAGUUUUCUUUUCUUUGUCUAACACUGAAUCUGUAACCAACAUGUUGACUGAAACUAACCUCUAUCUCCACCUGUAUUAUCAGAAUCAAAGGUCAUUCACUUUCACUUUAAUCCCGCUCAGAGAUAGGCGGCUUUGGAAAUAAAUUUUAACAUUUCAUUAAAAUAUUGUUCUGUGUUGUUUGGUUCAUUUGAUUCAUUAUUUGUGUUAGUUUUUCAUUUUAUGUUUUGUUUUUUUUAUGGAUGAAUUUAGAUAUUUGAGGUGUUAUAAUUCAGUGUAAAUACACAAGACUGACAGGAAAGAAGACAUUUUCUCAGUAGUAGCUCUGAUUUCCUCUUUCUGAAGAAACAUGAGCAGCUGUAACAAAUCAGACCUAACACACAGACACUCCACACUGUGAUCACUGUUUUCAUGUGUAAAUGAUCGAUAAUCUGUGGCUUUGAUUUUAUGUAUUAACUAUCAUUCACUUUUCCUUAAUGUUGAGCUAAUUUCAGCGAAUAAAAACAGUUAAGGUCAUUUGUACUUAUUGUAGUACAGUAUUUUAUUAUAUUUAACUUAUCUUUUUUUAUACACCCUAAGCAGGUAACUGUUAUGUUACAAAGCGGAUUGAAGCGCUUUCUGUAUUACUAGUUAGCAACAGUGACCUCAUGAUAUCACACAUCACACUGUCUCUGUUACCUCUUCAACGCUCGGACAUUAGUGGGGAAUAAAUAUCACCGUUCCAUUGACGACAUGACAAGGGCUUGAAAUAUUGUUAACAGCUCCUGAAGCUGCAGUUGAGAAGCAAGUGAAGAUAUCACAGCGAAUUUACUCACAAGAAACUAUUUCAACACCAACAAGGUCAAAAAAAGACAUAAAAUGAAAACAAGUGCAGGACCAAAAGGUUCAGGCCGGAGGACGCUGCUGGUGUUUUUGAUUCCUGUUUAGAUCUGGCGUCUGCUUUGGAUGAGUCAGUUUGAACCUGCAUUAGUGAAUGCAGCAGUGUGUUCACAGGCAGGAAGUGAUUUUCUUGAAGUAAUGGUUUUGGUCCUCGUCCUUUCUGCACAGAGAUUUCUCUAGAUGCUCUGAGUCUGUUAAUAGUAUUAUGUGCUGGAGAUGGGCUGCGUGACACUGCAGCCCCUUUGUGACCCAAAUGGGAUGAGUAAUAAAGAUACUGGGUAGGUGAAGUACUGUGGCUUAAUACUUUGCAGUAUUACACGGAGGAUUUCGAAAUUGCUGAAACAUUUGCUCACACAGUUUCUCACAGAGUUCAGCUCAACAGUUUUCUGUUAAUACACCACUUUUAUACCAAUUAAGUUGAGUGAAAUGUUACAAUGUUAAAUAUAUCCAUAAGUGAUAAAAGGUGAGGUGUUUUAGUGUGUUUAAAUUUCAUGUUAAGGAGCACCUCGUGGCCUCAGUAUGCCCCAUGUAUGCAGGUGGCCCUGGUUUAACUCUGGUCUGUUACUCCUCACCUUCAUGUCAGUCUCAAGUCUUUUUUUCUGUUUUCAGCUCUACCCCUAUCCUGCCAAAUAAAUGCCAGAAAGCCCCAGAAUCAUUAUCUAAAAAAGAAUGAUGAUGUUAAAAAGACUAAAAAGCAGAUCAUCUAAGAGGGAGCCCUGUCGAACUCCAUUUCUACAGUUUUACUAUAAGAACUCCACGAAUGUGUUAACUUUGAAUUCAUUUUUUGAACUGUGGGGUCUGAGCAGUAAAUCUCUGCUAAUGACCUUUUUAAUUUCACUAUGAGUGAUGUCAUCACCUUUUGGUUUUUGCAGGUGAAUGUAGGUAAAGGCAGUCAUCCCAACAAGGUGAAGGUGUUCGGUCCUGGAGUGGAGCCAACCGGACUGAAGGCCAACGAGCCCACACACUUCACCGUGGACUGUUCUGGAGCUGGAGAUGGUAACACACACAGUGAAACACUAACACACACCAACACACACACACACACUAAUGCACACAGUAAUAAUUAGGACAGGAAAUCACCGCAGACGGUUUUAUUGGGUGUGAAAGCUGUUUCCAUCUGUGUUAGACCAAUGCAAACAAAAGGGGACUCACACACUCAAACUAAACAAGUUUACACACCCCCACUCUGCCGUGGACCCACAAACAGCCUUAACACUGCCUUUUAAAAGAUGCGUGCGCACACACACAGACACACACAUUCCUCUGCCUGGUAUGUCCUGGUGAUGAUCUCAAGCCAGAAACAUCCUGACAGGAAAUUCAUCACUUUGACCCUUCAGAGCAGAGCAGAGCACAGACAUGAAAACACACACUCGUGAAAACAUGUUUUUAUGUCCACCUGCAUAAUCAAGAGCAGAGACAUUAAAAAUAACAACGAGCUUGAUCAAGUUUCUCUGUUUCGAGGAACCAUCAGGCUCCUUUAAAAUACGUCACUCCAUUAAUGCUGAGAUACAGCCGCUCAGAUAACUUACAAAAUGUGCUUCUUCAGUUUAUUCUGAGUUUGUGCGAAAUUACGAAGAGUAGUUAUUUAAGAGAGAUAAAAGUAUUUAAGAAUAAAAAAGACAAAUUUUAACCUAUUUUAAAAACUACAAGACCUAAUUUUGAACAGUUGAGUUAUCAUAAGGGCUACAUGUUACUGAAAAAACUAACUUUUUCCCCUUUCUGCAAUAAAUACGCGAUAUGAAAAAUACAGGAGUUAAUACCAGAUAAAAACUGUGUAUCUCAUGGUAAUGUUGAAUUAUUUAUAAUUUGGAUCUUUCAUCCUGUUUCCUGCUUUUAAAUCACAUCUUUGUCCUUUUUACUCAUAAAAAGAUCAAUAACAGUAGAGUCACGACUCCUGUACAUGUUUACAUUCUGCCGUCAUUUGACCCACAGACAGACUCUGUCUGCACAGCCGUCAGUUUCUCUUUGUGUUUAAAUGAGGGUGUACAUUCAAGUGGUUUCAGAUAGAUGCGUAAACAGGUCCUCUAAUAGGACUAUUAGGCACAAACACAGCGCAGUUACAAUGUUUAUAUAAUAUAGCGAUAUGUGACAUUGUCCAUUUUGAGAUGUUUGUCUCAGACUGUAUAUACUACGGACAAGUUGGCUCCACCUUCCGUUAUCAUACGAAUUUGAAGCCGAAUUGCUCUCAGUAUAUUUUCUGUAUUUUCUCCACUUCCUGGAACCACCACAGUAGUAGUUAUAUUCUCUGUAAUUAAUUUCUAAAGUUUGUCCACAGCUCCAUAGGGAUUGCUGGAAGAGGUGGGAUUUAUGACCUAUACUGCAGCCCGUCACCAGAGGGUGCUGUUCUCGUGGUGGCUUCACGAGACAGGCAGACUCUGUCCAUUCUUUAUACAGUCUGUGGCCUUGAACAAAUUCUUUGUGCUGAACUGCUCCCAGCCAAAGUGUCAUUGUUUUCCUAGCAUGCUUAGUUAGACCUCAAAAACAAACUUCAACAUGUUUUGGAUUCGGUCCUCCUCUUCUCUGAUAACAGCUGCUGCACACAGUGUCCCAUCUGCCAAAAGAGCUGUCAGUCAUCAGUGAAAACACCUUUUUAUGUCAUAAAUUAUGAAGGGAAAAAAAGCACAGAGACAUACAUCAGGGUGACAGAAACCAUGUUUAAAAGAUGUUGAUACACCUCAGAGAGAGAGAGAGAGAGGAAGGAGUUUCUUCUGUCAGAGUCGGAGGAAUUUGACCUGUUCCUUCUCUCUGGUACAGUUUCACACUUGAUGUCUCCCAUACUUUAAAUUCUCCUGCUGUGAUUGACAGCUCAUUGUCUGCAUUACACAACAAAACAUCUCAGUGUAAAGUAUGUAUGACAUGAAUUAUAACAUGUAAAGGAAGACGCAAACAAACACACUCUGGCACCACCUUGUGGUUCUCUGCGCCACCAGCGAGUGAGGCGGCGAGCUGAUCUUUCACAUUUCAGCAAAAAGGCGACUCGUAGUGCUUUAUCCAAGAACGUUAAAAUUAAAAGCAUCAGGAGAAAAGGCAAAACACUCUUUAUAAAUAAAAACAAAACAAAAAAACAUUUAUUUAUUUAUUACUAAAUAAAUCCUUCAUUUGCUACUUCUCCGUUUAAGUAAUGAGUGUGUGUGUGUGUGUGUGUGUGUGUGUGUGUGUGUGUGUGUGUGUGUGUGUGUGUGUGUGUGUGUGUGUGUGUGUGUGUGUGUGUGUGUGUUACCUUUCAGGUGACGUCAGCGUUGGCAUCAAGUGCGAAGCCAACAUGGUUGGUGAUAAAGAGGCAGACGUGGACUUUGACAUCAUCCCCAACGCCAACGACACCUUCACUGUCAAAUACAUCCCUCCUGCUGCUGGAAAACUCACCGUCAAAGUUCUCUUCACUGACAAGGUACACACUCUCACACACACACACACUUGGAGGUUUUUAUAUCUGGUUAAAUUUGUAAAGUUGUUUCAGUUUCAUCCUGAUGAAUUUCUGUAUUCAUUUUUCCACUCAGGAAGUCCCUCAGAGCCCCUUCAGUGUCAAAGUUGAUCCUUCCCACAAUGCAUCCAAAGUUAAAGCAGAAGGUCCUGGACUUUCUCGCACUGGUGAGACAAAAAAAAACAAACACACACACUUGCCCACUUCACCACACAACAGAAGAUCACACGGUCAAAUUAAGAUGAGAGAAGCUUUUUUGAUCAACAGAUAAAAGAUAUAAAAAGCUUUUGUUAUCUUUCAGUAUGAGCAGGUACAGCUGAGGAAAAAGAGUGAAAAAUGAGGGAUUUACUAAUAUCAAUUAUAAAAUCUUUACGUGUUAUAUUAGGCCUUUCUUUUGUAGGUUAAUAAAUCUGGUUAUGUAGUCGCUCUGAAAACUGUAAAAGAAACCCGUUUGAGCAACUUUAUGAUGUGACAAAACCGAGAUAAUAUUGCAGGAAUACCACACAGGGCAGAAUAAAUGGCAGCGUGCUUGAUUGAAACAUUAAUGUGCAUUUUUCCUUAUAUUCUCACCUUAAAUGUAUACCCAAUACACAGACAUAGAUUAAAUAAUUGGGUAGAUUAACAAAAACUAACUAAGUUCAUGUGUCUGUUCUUGUUUGACUGUUUUUUUCUUUUCUACCUGUGCAGGUAUAGAGAGCGGUAAGCCCACUCAUUUCACCGUGCUGACUAAAGGAGCUGGUAAAGCACCGCUGGAUGUUUCCUUCUCUUCCCCCGUCAAAGACUUUGACAUCAUCGACAACUACGACUACUCCCAGACCGUCAAAUACACACCUGCACAACAGGUUUGUGAAACAUGCGACGCUGCUGCAAGAAUGAGCCGUACACAGCCUUCUAUAUAAGUUUAAAAGCGUAGCAUCUGUGCAUUAAAGACGAGUGUAAUGAAGAUGUGAAAACACAGAUGGUUCAAUAAAAUCUGUAUAUGGAACAGGUGCACAUCUGUGCAUGAGAGCUACAGCUGUUUAGGGUUCACAAGUUACAUUAGACUCUCACUCUUAACCUGCACAUUUACAUGAGUGAGGCACCUACACAAUAGGAACGCCAAACGUGCGCUGAAACAACCUCAACACUGUGUACUCACCCGUUUAUAGAACAAACAGCAGAUCAUGAGGCUGAAUAACACCGUCAUUAAUCACCUGCUGGAGUGAUACACUGACAACACAUGUACAUACAUGCACACCUGUGUGAUAGAUUAUUAGUCUUUUGCUCUGUGGCUUUUAUCAGCACAGGUGAUGAUAACAAAUGAUACACAUUUCAUGAGCAUUUCAGCAGCUGAAUGUUUCCCCAGUAAACGUGAAUGUAAACGAUAAACACAUGCUGCUGUUGUCUUACACACCUGCAGGGGGAGAUGGACAUUUCAGUGAAGUACGGAGGAGAUCCCAUCGCCAAGAGCCCCUUCAAAGUCGACAUCGCUGCUCCGCUGGACCUGAACAAGGUCAACGUGGACAACAUGGAUGGAAGUAAGUCAUCGAUCUCACUCCUCAUGUGUUAGCAACAUUGAAAACUUAACCCUCACAUACCAAUCGGGGUCAAAUUUGACCCGUUUUGACUUUUAACAGCAGUAAAAAUACCCUAAACAUCAUUUUUUAAGCCUGAAACUUGACGACUUUUCCUGAAAUAACCCAAAAUACAUGAAAUUAAUUUAAAAAUAUUCAUGUGUAUUUUUGUUUAUGUGCUACAAGUUUUUCCCCUCUAAGGCUGUUACAGGUCAAAUUUGACCCGUAUCUAUAUUUAGAUGGAUUUUAGAUCUAGCAGUGUGGGACAAGUGACAAACAGUAACAACCGUGUUCAAUAUAAGGUUUGUUGUUCAAAAAGAUAUAUUCAAAUCAUUAUGAAACUAACAUUACCUUGACAGAAACACACACACACUCACACACAGACAUACAGUCACACAGACACACCUAGACAGAGGUCAAAAUGACCGAACUAGUCAAGAGAACUUUCUGUGACAGAAAGCUGCUCUUUGAACUCUUUGAAGGAGCAAUUUUGACCCGGAACAUACUGUGAGGGUACAGGAUUUGAACAGUAUGUGAGGGUUAAAUCCACCGGAGAAACGGCACGUCUUCAUCAUUUGUUAAAUACAUCUUUAUUUUUGUUUACAAAUCUUGAAGGAUUAUUUUCACAUGAAUGCUAAUUUAAAAAUGUCUGCCAGGAGUGGAGGUGAAUCAGGAGCAGCAGUUUAUGGUGGACACAAAGGGUGCAGGAGGUCAGGGUCAGCUGGAGGUGGCAGUGGUGAGUGUUUAUGAAUAUUAUAUUAAUUUCUUGAGUGAGUUCCUUUGAUCACUUGACAGAACAGGAAAAAAAUGAUUGUUUAGUCAUAAUAUGGCGCUCUGAGGACUCACUGCGUUUCAUUUUUACCAGCUGAGUCCCAGUCAGAAGGCGGUCCCCUGUAAGGUAGAGCCUCAGCGCAGUAAACCCGGGGUCAGUCUGGUCCGUUACACCCCCACAGAAGAAGGCGUCCACGCAGUAAACGUCUCCUAUGAUGGACACCCCGUCCCAGGGAGCCCGUUCCCCGUUGAGGCCCAGCUUCCUCCAGACCCGAGCAAGGUAACGCCACUUCCUGCUCUCUUAAGGUGGUAUGGAGGUGGUCUUUAAGGUAGUACAGUUGUUUAACAGAAUGUAUUUGAUAAGCUGUGAUACUCUUUAUGAUUUAUGAUCACCGGGUUGGAAAAGAAUCAACAUUUUCUGAAGUCAAUUUCAAAACAGAUUACAAUCUGAGGACAUUCACUUCUUUUCUUGAACUGGGCUGACUUACUGUUCUUAAAAACCUGAAUCAUAACUGAGCAUCAAAACUGAUCAACUAAAUGUCAAACAAACUCAUGGCUGUAGGUGAACUCUAUCUGCUCUCAUCCUCCUCCAGGUGAAAGCCUACGGUCCUGGCCUGAAAGGAGGUGUGGUCGGAAACCCUGCAGAGUUCACCAUCGACACGAAGGGGGCUGGUACUGGAGGUCUGGGUCUGACUGUGGAGGGGCCGACUGAGGCCAAGAUUGAGUGUUCAGACAACGGAGACGGGACCUGUUCUGUCUCCUACUUGCCCACCGAGCCCGGAGACUACCUGGUUAACAUCCUGUUUGAGGAGGUCCACAUACCGGGCUCGCCUUUCAAAGCUGACAUCCAGAUGCCCUUUGAUCCCUCCAAGGUGGUGGCAUCGGGGUCGGGCCUGAAGAGAGCGAAGGUGAGGGUCAGAGGAGAAAGACAUUUAAACCUGAACUUUCAGUGUUUGGAAUCAGUGAGAUGAUGAGGCGAAGACAGUUGGAUUCAUUUUGCUGUUGUUUUUUUUUCAGGUUGGAGAGACCAGUGUGGUUAACGUGGACUGUUCCCGAGCUGGACCAGGAGAACUCAGCCUGGAGGCGGCUCUGGACACGCCUCCAACCAGUCCCACUGGUUCUGCACCACGAUCAGGUAACAUUAAGACUGUUUUUGUUCUCUAGGAACCAACAUCAUCAUCAUCAUCAUCAUCUGUGUUUUCUUAUUGUCUGAGUAACACUCACCUCAGCUGCAGAAACUGCUCCUGUUAGCACCGAAUAAAGUGAAGCACUGAUUACAUGGACACAAACUCACACUUCCCUCAUCAGUGUCGGAUUAAAAGCUUCACUGUUCAGGGUUUCACCUCACUCAUUCAUUUCCAGCAUGUAAAAUACACGGUCUGAGCCAAUUUCAGAGAACCCUUUUUGUUGUUUUUUCCUAAACACCAAACUCCUCAUAGGGGCUUCAAACAGUUGUCAGCUCUGUGUAAAUGUUGAACUGUCUCUGUUUAUUCCAGGUGUCAAAGCAAAGACGGAGGUGGUGGACAACAAAGAUGGGACCUACACAGUGACCUACGUCCCGCUGUCCUCUGGUAUGUACACUCUGCUCCUGAAGUACGGAGGCAAAGCCAUCCCCGGGUUCCCCGCUAAAGUCAUGGCUGACCCUGCUGUGGACACCUCAAAGGUCAAAGUGUUCGGACCGGGAGUGGAGGGAAAAGGUAAAGUUGAAUGUUUUAAUAAUUGUGGUGCCACUACAAUAUUUACCCGUUUACAUUCUCUUGUGUGGUCCUGAUAUUAGCUACAAGAGUGACAGAAAUAAACCUCUGACUGAAACACAGAUUAAAGUGUUCACGUGAUACUAAUGAGCUCACAUGGUCAUAUGUAGUUUUAAUUUCUGAAGGAGUCAAUCAGGUAUUUUUAUCCUCUGGGUUAUUUUCACAGACUUCAUUAAACUCCUUUAAAGAUGUCAUGUCUCUAUUCUUCGUCUUUUCCUAACACACCCUAACGCUCCGUCAUCGUCUCUCUUUCAGGUGUGUUCAGAGAGGCCACCACAGAGUUCACGGUGGACGCCCGUCCUCUUUCUCGACAAGGAGGAGACCAUGUGAAGACGGAGGUCAAGAACCCGUCUGGAGCUCUGACAGAAUGUGUGGUCACUGACAACGGUGAUGGGACGUACGGCGUUGAGUACACGCCUUUUGAGAACGGUAACAACCCCGUUGAACGUUGAUGCUAAAGCUCAAGUUUCUGCCGGAGUGAUAAAUGCUGCGGUGACGUUACUCUCACACAGCUGCUGUUUGUCAUGGCGUGUGUUCCAGGUGCUCACAGCGUCCAGGUUCUGUACGACGACACGCCGGUUCCUAAGAGCCCAUUCAGGGUUUCUGUGGCGGAAGGAUGUGACCCCAGCAGGGUGGUGGCUACAGGCCCGGGACUCCAACAAGCCUUGAAUGAAAAACCGAACAACUUCAACAUCAUCACCAGGUACAGCCGCACAGAAAGAGCAGAGACACACUUACAGCCUGGUUUCAAGCUGAGCUUUAAAUCUGAGGUCAAACUGGCGCUGAAAUCUUGGAUUUGUUGUUUACUGUAGGGGAGCAGGUAUCGGUGGUCUCGGCAUCACUGUAGAGGGUCCAUCAGAGUCCAAAAUGUCCUGCAAAGACAACAAAGAUGGCAGCUGCAGCGUGGAGUACGUGCCUUUUACUCCCGGCCUGUACGAUGUCAACAUCACCUACGGAGGAGAACACAUCCCAGGUGAGGGUUCGAACUUCAGCUGCAAAUGAUUCAGGAUUUGAUUCGUUAACAAUGUUUUAGAAAUAUGAAUUUCACUUGAGUGACACCUUCAAUCUUGAUGAAAAUGAUGAACAUCUAUAACUUACUGUACGUCAGAUAAAUUCCCUCAUUUUCACGGCAUUAAUCUGACAAAGAUCUGCACUUUGUUACCUCCUCAACAAACUUUAAUGACACUAAUUUCCAAAGACCAUUUGUUCCCUCCGCUCAUGCACCGUAACUGAUGUUGAGAGACUCUGCAGAUGUUUACGAGUUAACGUUUAAAAGAUGUUGUCGGAGUAAUUGGCUGAUUAAAAACAUGCAGACUGUUUCGGUUUAACGGUUUAAAGAUGUGGUUUGUGUUUUAAAAGCUGCAGUUCAGUUUAAAUGACUCUGCUGUGGAAAUGCUCAGUGUGUCUCUUUGUUUGACACCUUUCAUACACACAGCUGGUGUGUGUUUGUGGUUCUGCUGUGUGAAGCAUUAGAGUUGUACAUGUUCGACAGAUUCGACUCAUCAAAAGUGAAACACCAGGAUAAACUCUAAAGAGCUGCUGUUACACAACAGUUAGUUUAACCGCUGCAGAGGUAGUUGUCGUCAGAUUUUUCUCUGUUUCUCUUCAGGAAGUCCAUUUAAGGUCCCAGUGACAGAUGUGGUUGACCCCAGUAAGGUCAAAGUGUCCGGUCCAGGUGUGGGGUCAGGGGUCAGGGCCAAUAUCCCGCAGUCCUUCAUGGUGGACUGCAGGAAGGCCGGAGUGGCCCCUCUUGCCGUGGCAGUCAACGGUCCAAAAGGCGUCGCAGAGCCAGUGGAGAUGAAAGACAACGGAGAUGGGACCCACUCAGUGUCCUACAUGCCGUCUGUGGAGGGGCCGUACUCUGUGGGUGUCAAGUACGCAGAGGAGGAUGUCCCCCGAAGGUACGGAGAAGUACUACAAGUGUUGGGUUACAGGUUAUAGGAUGCUGAGUCUGCCGUAAGAAAACAGACGUCCUGACGUGUUCACGUGUCGUUUCAUUUCCUUUAUCGUUGCUUCGUCUGUCUCGCUCUCGUUUCUUUAGUCCCUUUAAGUUUCGGGUUCUGCCGACUCAUGAUGCCAGCAAAGUGCGAGCCAGCGGUCCUGGGCUCACCACCGGCGUCCCUGCCAGCUUCCCCGUGGAGUUCAACAUCGAUGCCAAAGACGCCGGCCAGGGCCAACUGAGCGUGCUCAUCACUGUCAGUAACACACACAGAUCCAUUCACCAACGCACCAAACCUCCUCUCUUCUUCAUCUUUUACUCUCUCUUUCUUCUUCUUCUUCUUCUUCUCCAGGACCCUGAUGGUAAACCAAAGCAGCCCACCAUCCAUGAUAAUGGAGACGGUACAUAUCAGGUGUCCUACAUCCCCGACCGAACAGGCAGGUACACCAUCGUCAUCAAGUAUGGUGGCGAUGACAUCCCUUCGUCACCCUACAGAGUCCGAGCCACAGCGAGCGGAGACGCCAGCAAGUGCACCGUCACUGGUACGUGACCAAAAAGUACAACGUCAGGAGGUUUUGAGGAAAAAAAAAAGGUUUUACAGAUGCCCAAUAUCCUCUUCUCUCAGGUCCUGGUGUGGGUCCCACAGUGGCCAUUGGAGAGGAGCUGGGCCUGGUGGUGAACACUAAGGGUGCUGGGAAGGGGAAGGUGAGCUGUGUGGUGGUUCAGCCUGAUGGCAGCGAGGUGGAGGCCGAGGUGCUGGAGAACGAGGAUGGCACCUUUGACAUCUUCUACACCGCACCGGCACCUGGGAACUACGUCAUCUAUGUGCGCUUCGGAGGAGAAAACAUCCCACGCAGUCCCUUCAAAGUCAUGGUGAGAGAGGGAUCAGGGAUGAUGAUCAGUCUGGGGUUUGUUUACUUUUAUUGGGAGCACAAAUAGAUUAAGAUGUUGACUCUUGCCAGACUCAGAGGGAAGAAUCAGUUUUUCUGUUCGAAUCAACCUUAAGUGUUUCAUAGCAUCGAAAUGUUGCAGUUAUAAUGUAUUGGUGUGUAUGCUUGUGUGUGUGGCUUUCAUUUAACAUGAUAUUUUGCCGUCCAGGUGUGCAAGACCAGUGUUGGAGUAAAACCACAUUAUUAAUUUAAAAUUGUCAUUGCCUGGAUCUUCCAAAUCCCUCUGGAAGAUGCAACCAGUAAUUUCAGUGAAUUUUAUGACAAAACAGAAGGUUUUUAAAAGAGGUAGCUAGUCCCAGCAUUGAACUUUAACGCCCUUCACUUUAUCAUUCUCACAGAUCUGGUUAAUUCAAUCUGUCAAACAUUUUCAGUGAGAGCCUCGACAGAGCUCUUCUGUCAGUCAUUUUGUCAGUCCUGCAGUAUCCAGCUGGACUCACUGAAGGUUCAUCAGAGCAGCAGGAACCAUUGAGUCACUCUGAGUCUGUGUCUGUCAAAGAUGUUAACAACCACUGCUGUGUCUUCAGGCGACUGAUGAGGUUCCCAUGAUUCAAGAGCAGACAUCUCUGCAGCAGCAGGCCGGCCCACCUGGAGCUGGCUUCCAGCCCUGGGUACCACUAAAGCACACACACACACACGCACACACACUGCUCCUCUCUUGCAGGUGAAUGGCUGCCAAUCAAACCCGACCCAUCCCUACCUCUCUCUCUCUCUCUCUCUCACAUUCUUAUGUGUACUCGCUCAGCUGCUUUGCUCCCAUCAUGUGAUUGUGCUUUUUCUCUCAGCCAAUGGGAUUGCAGCAAACAACUAACUACUUCCAAAUGAGUUGCUAUGGUUACAGGUGAUUGGCGAUGUGCUUUGGUGGUCCCCCUCUCUGUCCCCCCUGUGCUUUCUCCAUCGCUCUGGCUGCAUCACAGUCAUCUCAUCACCCUCCUCUUUCUCCUCCCUCCAUCACACUACACUUCCCAGGAUGCCCCUGUGGGGGCGGGGCUUGGAUGCAGCAGCAGCAUGUUUCUAACGCAGGUGGCUGAAGUGGACAGGAAGUUGUUGUAAAGAGAGAAAAUGUAUGAAACUCUGUGUGUGUGUGUGUGUGUGUGUGUCUCCUCCAGGUAACAUCAGAGCGAUUCGAUCCAAACAGGAGCAACAUCAACGGGAGCGGCUUCAGACCGUUUGACAUGGUCAUACCUUUCUCCUUCAGGAAGGGAGAAAUCACAGGUGAGAGAGGGAGCAUGAACCAACAUACAGAGCAGCUUCUGAUGUUUAUGAGACUAUAACCUGAACUUUUUUCAAAUUAAAGACAGACAAAUGAACACUGUGCACAAAAUUCUGAAAACAUGAGGCUCAUGUAUCAACAUGACUCCAAACUGCAAAGCUCCGCACAAUUUCAUUGGUCACAGCUUUGCAAAUCUUGAAACACAAAUUGCAAACUUUGGCACAGGGUUUCCCUUUCCCCCCACAUCUGCAAACUCAAAUGGAAGAACACCUGAAUUAUGUAUCAGGGUGUAAAAGAAGCCAUAAGUGACGUUUACAUCCACACAUAUCGGAUCGUUCUGAUUGGCCAGGCAGUUCUCGCCUGCUGCACGGUCAGGGGGAAAAGUGAACCGGACUUGUUUUGUCUGCCAACCAUCCAUGUAAACUGUAUAUUAUCUAAAAGAAAUGUCAAUAUUAUCAGGCACAAUCAGCUGAAGAGUUUAGGAAAUGUGUCCAAAAUGAAACCCGAACUGAUUUCUGCUAACAUCACGCUGAAGGAGGUCAAAUAUAGGAAACAAACACUGAUGUGAGAGACUCCAGCAGUAACCAUCGAUGUUAGUCUUGAAAAUCUAUGAAUGAUUUUUGUCUCUUCUCUGUCUUCUGUCUCAGGUGAGGUGCUGAUGCCUUCAGGUAAAUCUGCUCAGCCUGUGAUCACAGAUAACCUGGACGGGACAGUCACAGUGCAGUACUCACCGACUGAAGCUGGCCUGCAUGAGAUGCACAUCAAAUACAACGGCGCACACAUCCCAGGUGACCACACAGACACACAUCUGCGCACAGACAGAGUCUGGUGAUGGUGAAUCUUUGAGUGCACAGCCUCCACUUUUAUGAUUUUGUUUUUUUACCUUAGUUAUUAAAACAUGGUUGCAGUUAUUUAGAGCCUGAUUGAGUUUUGACACUAAUUUGGAGUUGUCAAAUUUGGUGAAAAGUAAUCCAAACUCGAAGAAAGGUUUAGGUCAGAUCCAGAUAAAUCUAAACUAGUGAAAACCUCAGGAAUCUGGUUUGAAUUUUAGGGGCAAACCUCCACCUGAAAAGGAUUGUCCUUAAACUGUCAUUACCAAAGCUUUCAGGGAUGAAUUUUGCCCUUUUAUGUUUUACAAUAAAUAAUUGAUUGAAGUGUUGGAUAUCAGAACUAAACGAGGGCAAAUAUUGAGGCAAACAUGCUGAAAUAAUCCCAGGAUGAGACAGAAGGCUGCUCUACAUGGCUCAUUCAAAAACAAGCUGCAGCUUUAAGAUUUCCUUUUCCUUGAACAAUGGAAAGACCCUCCUAGAAUAAAAGUUCACCCAAGUGUGCAGCCUGAAGAUAAAUUUUAAAAGCUCUACCUGUUCUUUCAUUUUUGUACUGAUGUUGUUUUUGGUGUGUUUGAUAUGUCAGAGUCUCCACUUCAGUUCUACGUCAACCAGUCCAGCAGUGCUAAUGUCACAGCUUACGGUCCUGGUCUGAGCUACGGGGUCGCCAACAAGAUGGCCACAUUCACCGUCUUCACAGAUGAUGCUUCUGAAGGUACGUUUGUCACAGGAGGAGAAGGGGGGAUCUAAAAUUGGGAGCUAGAGAUAACAUUUACUCAGUGAUGUACCUGUUCGGAAAUAUCACUAAUAGAGCUUUGAUAAUAAAGUCAUAAUUAUUACUACUGUAAUUGGUAACUCUUUCUUUUAUGGUACGCUUAUUACCAGGUAAUUAACAGGUAAUUAUGUAGUAACAACAUGAAAUUAUCUGGUAAUUACAUAAUAACUACUAAGUCAAUACUGUCUAGUUUUUCUUUUUUUCUUUUUUCUGUGCAGCUCCAUUUUCAAAAACUAUUUGGGGUUCUGAUUUUCUAUAAUUGACACUUGAUACAGCCUAUGGGCAUGCGAAGAUUACGUAGUGAUACGCUGUUUGAGCCGAGCGUCAUCACAGCGACUCACCCGCCGAAUGGGUACAAGACUACUGCGCAAGAGGUGGUUCAAGGAAGUGGAGAAAAUCCUGGAAAUACCAGAGCAAUUCAGCUUCAAAUUUGUAUGAUGAUGGAAGGUUACCUACCUGGUAGAUAGACAGUAUUGACUUAGUAGUUAUCAUGUAAUUACCAGAUAAUUUGAAGUUGUUACUAGGUAAUUACAUGUUAAUUAUCUGGUAAUAAGUGUACCGUAAAAGAAAGCGUUACCCUGUAAUUAUAGUAUAAACAUCAGCUGAUUGCUAGUUUUUAAGUUAUAAGUGUUUGAAAUUUCACUCCAGUACAAACCCCAGCUUUAUUAGUAUCGAGUAGUAUCAGUAGUCGUGUUUUUAGUCACACCUGUAGCAGAACUUGUAGUAAUUUUGAAGGUCAUGAUGUCGUAUGUUAAAUAGAUCUGGUCAGUCUCGUGUUACAGUGAUGUUUACUUCAGUGCAGAAUAUCGAUGUUCUGGACAGUUUUCUUGGCGUGUGUUAAACAUCACGGCUGUUUGUCCGUCCAGGUGGUCUGGACUUGGCGAUUGAGGGUCCUUCCAAAGCGGAGAUCAGCUGCGUGGACAACAAAGAUGGAACGUGCAGCGUCAGCUACCUGCCCACUCUGCCCGGAGACUACAACAUCCUGGUGAAAUACAAUGACGAUCACAUCGCAGGGAGCCCGUUCACCGCCAGGGUCAUCCGUAAGACUCACUCACAUUUACAGACACAGACCUACAUCAACAGGCAGACUGAUAGAAAUCAAAAAUCCUGAAACUUCAACAUUUAACUUCUGACUCAGUUCAAAUUUCAAGCUUAUUUCGAAAAAAUUUAAAUUUAAUUUAAAUAAAUUUAAAAUUUAUUUAAAAUUUAAAAUUUAAAAUUUAAAAUUUUAAUUUUUAAUUUUUAAUUUAAAAUUUAAAAUUUAAAAUUUUUUAAAAUUUAAAAAAUUUAAAUUUAAAAUUUAAAAAUUUAAAAUUUAAAAUUUAAAAAUUUAAAAUUUAAAUUAAAAUUUAAAUUUAAAAAUUUAAUUUAAAUUUAAAAAUUUAAAUUUAAUUUAAAAAUUUAAUUUAAAUUUAAAUUUAGAUUAAAUUUAAAAAAAUUUAAAUUAAAAAUUAAAAAUUAAAAAUUUAAAUUUAAAUUUAAUUUAAAAUUUAAAAAAUUUAAAAAAUUUAAAUUUAAAUUUAAAAAUUUAAAUUUAAAAAUUUAAAUUUAAAAAAAUUUAAAAAUUUAAAAAUUUUAAUUAAAAAUUUAAUUUAAAUUUUUUUAAAAUUUUUUAAAAUUUAAAAAUUUAAAUUUAAAAAAUUUUAAAUUUAAAUUUACAAAUUUAAAGCAACUUAUAAUGAUGACAUGUAAUAAUCUCUUCCAUAAUCUGUGUUUCAGCGGAUAACCAGCGGCGCUCUCAGGUCAAACUUGGCUCCGCUGCAGAUUUCUCUCUGGACAUCAGUGAGACUGAUCUGAGCCUGCUGAGCGCCAGCAUCAAGGCGCCAUCCGGCCGAGACGAGCCCUGCCUGCUGAAGAGGAUGGCCAACAACCACAUCGGUAUAACUGAAGAAAAACAAAAACACACACAGACUCAUAAAUAGAACAAUUCACUCUCUGUAGAGUGAUACAAAGUCAAAUAAACGUCUUCCAUCUUUCAUUUGUUUAUCUCUGUCUUUCCUCUCUCAGGUAUCUCCUUUAUCCCUCGAGAGGUAGGAGAGCACAAGGUCAGCAUCCUGAAGAAUGGCGAACACAUCCAAAACAGUCCCAUCACCAUCAUGGUCAUCCAGUCUGAGAUCGGUGACGCCAGUCAGGUCAGAGUUCGUGGAGACGGCCUGGUUCAGGGAACAACUUUUACUGAUGCCACCUUUGUGGUCGACACACGGGACGCAGGUCAGUGUGAACAGCUCUCUUUCAGCACAUAUUCGAACAUUUACAUACUUGUCGACGACAGUGUUGAUUCAAAGGGUUAUUACCGUAGACGUGGACUAAUGAGUAUGACGUUUACAGUGAAAUUUGUCACAGUAUUUAUGUUUAUCUUUGACGAUCCUUCGUAUUUUUCUUUCUGUACCACUGAGGCUGAUAACUGAGUUAACAACACCUUAUUAUUAUUAUUAUUAUCAAUGAUGUGUCAUUAAUCGUGCUCCUCCUCUCUCAAUGCAGGUUAUGGUGGCCUGGCUCUGUCAAUAGAAGGACCCAGUAAGGUGGACAUCCAGACAGAGGACACAGAGGAUGGGACAUGUGCGGUCACAUACUGUCCGACCGAACCAGGAAACUACAUCGUCUCAAUCCGCUUUGCAGAUGAACACAUCCCAGGUAAAAACCAAGAAAAACUGCAGAUCACUUUUCAGAGGUGUUUGGAGUUUCUCAGUGAGGGAGAAGCCUCAUAUUAUUUAUUUGUUUGAAAACUAAUGUGAGAUGUAAUCUUAUCUAUCAACAGGAAGUCCGUUCACAGUGCGGGUGACAGGAGAGGGUCGUAUCCGGGAGAGCAUCACCCGUCGUCAGAAAGCCGCUUCAGUCGCCAGCGUGGGGAGUGUGUGUGACCUCAGUCUGAAGAUACCAGGUACACACACACUCACACACAACUACCUCCACAUGCAUCUGAAGGUUCCUCUGAUCAUCUUCAUGGGUUGUCAGAUAACACACACACACACACACAUAGCUGCUCCACAGAUCAGGUUUGGUUGUUGCAGCUCUGUCAUAAACUAACUCACCCUUAAAUGACAUCUCCUCAGGUUUCACUGUGAAGGUUUUAGAAAGCCGCUGUUAUUUUGAGUGACAGCAUUUGAAUUUCUUGGGUAUCCAGCCUCUUUUAAUCUUAGGCAGUAAAGUCUUCCUCAGAAAAGAGUCACAGAACAAAAAAAUACAGCAAAGGUCAUGAAAGUUUCCAACUAAGCAGCGGGCCGUAUUCGAGCAGAACUUUGUCAUCUGAGCUGAUUCUUCUCCUCCUGUCUGGAGCUGUGAUAUUUCUCUGGUUUGUGUUUUUUCAGACUGCUGCUUUGUUAAAUCUGUCUGUUGUCCGUUCUUGAUCUCUCCUUUUUGUCCUUUCUUGUUCCAAACUUCGCUCUGCCCUAACCCACCUCUUCGUCUUUGUCUUUUGUACAUCUUUUUUCCUUAUUUUCAUUCAUUAUCUUUUGCCGUCCUUGUGUUCGUUUUAUUUCUUGAUUUACCCGCAUGACUGUUUUGUCUGCCUUUUUAUCCUGUUUCUUCUUGUUUUACUUUUCUAAUCUCUUUUCUUUCUUCAGCUUUUCUCCUUUUCCCACUCUGCCUUCUGUCCCUCCACUCUUUUCUGUAUCUCUCCAUCUUGUCCCCCUCUCCAUCCUCCUCUGUAUCCAGUGAGCUGGUUCCUCCUGGUCCUCUCUCGACAGCUCCUCUCUUCUUCUCGGUCCUACUGCUCCCUCUGGUGGUCUGGGAGAUCCAGAGUUCAUAGGAGUCUUUCCUCCGCUGUCGCCCAGGAUCAGAACCUCUCCCCGGCCCGUGUGCGCCUCAUAUCUGGCCUGUCUGGUCUGGUGCUGACAAGCAGGGCAAGGGCAGCAGGGAGCAUUUGGGUCAAUGAUGGCUGCUGCUCAGUGGGCGGGGCCAGGGUGGAGGGUGCGUUGUAGAGCCCUAUGGGGAUAAAAUGCAGGGUUUACUGAACAAGGUUUGCAACACAACAUGUUUUAAACAAAGUCUGUGUGUGUAUGAGAGCUUCAGAGAAUCCUUUUGGUUUUUGGAAUGAGCCACAACAACAAGAAUAACAUGAAAAUGUCAAAGUCAGCAUUCAAGAUUCCCUGCCUUAUUUUCAUAAAAUACAAUAAAGUUUGUGAAGUUUGCAAAUACACAAAAAUAAUUAUCAUACUUCACUUGCAGCGAUUGACAUGAACGACGUCACAGCUGAGGUCACUUCCCCGUCUGGAGCCAGACAGCCUGCUGAGCUGGUGGCCGCAGGAAACGACACCUACUGUGUGCGCUUCGUACCCACAGAGAUGGGUGUGCACAGUGUGAAUGUGAAGUACAAGGGUGUGCAUGUGCCAGGAAGCCCUUUCCAAUUCACCGUGGGACCACUGGGAGAGGGCGGGGCCGCUAAGGUGAAAGCAGGAGGUCCAGGACUGGAGGGAGCGCUGGCAGGAGAGCCAGGUAAAUCAUUGUUUUUUGAUUGUUUUUUUGUUUUUUUUUUCUUUUUAUCUUGUUGUUUUGUCUAGUUAUGUACAGCACUUUGUUCAGCUGUGGACAUUAUUACAGACAGACAUUAUCCUCACAGAGACUUCACACUGAACACAUAGUCUGAGGAUUAUUAUAAAUCGAUGUUUGAUUCCUUUUCUUUGACUUCCCAGGGCACAUCUUUGAAGGCUGAACUUGACUUUUGAAUUAAACUCCAUUUCUUUGCUCUAAUUCAUGUUUUUUUACUUGUUCGCUUCAUUGAAUCCACAUUCAAAUCAUCCCAACAAUAACAGCAUUUCAGAGCACCUUGUGAAUUUUGGUUUUGGAGAAAGUUGUAUAUAAAUAAGGGUUUAAUAUUUCCGAUUCCCUACCCUUUAUACUAGACCGUUUUUUCAGGAUCCUGGAGGUAACCUCUUUUUUUUUAUCGUUAACAAAUCCGACAAAAGACCAAAACUAACAAUUCAUUUGUUUAUCAAAGUGCGGCGAUCCAUUUUUUUUAACCUUGUUUUCCAAAUUCACAUGAAUAUUGAAGUUGUAAACAUGAUGAUGAGCUGCUCCUUAAAGCUUAAUGGAUAAUGAUUUGGAUGUCCAUAGGUAGACCCAAUGAGAUAUCACGCACAUCGCUCAAUUCCUCAUUGCAAAGGCUGGUAUCGGUUUGGGAUUUUUACUUUUUUUUUUCCCUCUUUCUCAGCCGAGUUCAGUAUCUGGACACGGGAGGCAGGUGCUGGAGGUCUGGCAAUUGCAGUAGAAGGACCCAGCAGGGCAGAAAUCUCCUUUGAUGACCGCAAAGAUGGAUCCUGUGGGGUCGCCUACAUCGCCCAGGAGCCUGGUAGAGAAACUUCAUACAGUGUGACAGCCGUGAUAAACGUUCCUUCAAACGUCUCUCUGGCUCCCUGUUGUCUUCUCACCGUCCACUCUCUCUCUUUCUCUCUCUCUCUCUCUCUCUCUCUCUCUCUCUCUCUCUGUCUCUCUCUCUCUCAGGUGAUUAUGAGGUCUCUGUGAAGUUUAACGACCAGCACAUACCGGACAGCCCCUACCUGGUCCCUGUGGUCGCUCCAGCAAACGACGCUCGCCGCCUCACUGUUACCGGCCUUCAGGUGAGGCAUGAGGAGACACCUCCACACUCAGCCUGCCCUGCCUUGCUUAAGGGCCGCGAGGCACAGUUGCAUAAAAAUGAUGAUGGCCCAAGCAAAGUAAAUUACCCAGAUACAAAGCAGAAGAACUGGACACGGGUUCGACUGAUUCGGGUUGUAUCAUAGACUCUGUUUUUUAUUUUAACUCUGAAAUCAAAUAUCUGCACAUUUUUCUCUUUAAACUAUCGCUGUGUAAAACUUGGACAAUCCAUUUCAACACAUUUAUAGGCCUAAAAUAUAUGAGUAGAAUUUACAUUCAUAACCUGGAAAGGCUUUUUAAGUUUUGAUUUGUUACAUUAUUGGACAUCAGGCUCAGCAUCAGCUUUUUACAGCCCCUAUUAGCCGAACCCCUCUUGUUGUACUUCCAGUUAGAUUUCAGUAUCUGAAUCUUCUUUAUGCAACUGGCCUCUCUGAUGUGACCACAGCCAGGCAAAAGUGUGUUUUAAAUGUGUGAAGUUGACAUGUUGAUCAGAGGGAGCUGCUGAAAGAAAAAUCAUGGAGUCAAAAAUGGAAACGAUUAUCCUUCAUCCUUUUCUUGACACAGUCUUAGGGAUUAAUAACAAUUAAUUUUAAUUACUCACUGAAAAUUAUACCAGUAAGAUAAUAAGAUAUCUGGAUGUUGUAUUUUAUGAUAAACCAAAUACAGUCAAUAUUUUAUGCUGGAUGACAAAGAAAAUCUUUAGAUUUUGACUGUUUUUAAUAUAGUGAUGAAGAUAAAUUCACUUUUGCUUGACUCCACAUUUUCCAUUUUGGAGCCUCUGUGAUUUUUUUCUUAGGCAUAAACCUCUGAACAAAAUGUCAAAGAAAAGUCUCAAUAAUUUGGCAGACAUUGAGUGAAAGGGGAAAACUAAGACAACUUAACUCCUUUUUACAACAUUUUAUUAAUAUCAGAGGAGACUAGAAUCCUGGUUCUUCCUCUGGAAGUCAUACACACUGGAUUAAACAUUACUGCCUGGUUUGCCUGGCUCUGGUCAUCCCUUCUCUGUCUGGUGUGGAACUGCUGGUGUUUCUCUUGUGUUUCAUUUAAAGGCUUUUAACAGCACCGUCAUCUUCAUCAUCAUCACCCUCUGCAGGAACGUCAGCUCCUGGUUACUCAGCUAUAGCAGACAGAGGCCAGACGCAGCAGACCUUCCAUUUGUCUGUAGCUGUAGACAGACUGUAGACUACAGCCUUUUCUUUGUUCAGUGUUAAUUAACUCUGAAUCUUAUAGUAAAGUUAACUGGUGAAGUGUUGAUCUUAUAUGAAUGUCCUGAAGUUCCUCACAUGUCAGCCUUCGGACAAGAUCUCAUGAAUUCUCCGUUUCUCCACUUACUCUCAGUUUAACGAGUAAUUUUCACAUUUUCAUUAUUUAAAAAAAUACCGUCUCACUGUAGCACUCGGUCCACGUGUCAGAUGUAGCUUACUAACACUGUCUGUCUCUGUCUGCUGUAGCAAUAUUAACAGGAGUCCAGGUAAGGGUAGAAGAUAGUCAGCACAACCCAUCAAGACAAACAAUAGAAAUAGAUUCAGAAUUAUUGUUCAUUUUAGAGUUCUUUUUAAGAUUCUUUUAUUUGUUUUUAAAUCUUUAAAUGGUCUGACUCCAUCUUACCUCUCGGAGCUUCUCCACCCCUACACCCCUGCUCGCUCUGUGCCUCAGGUCAGCUGAUCAGCUGCUCCUGGAGGUACAGAGGUCCAAACUGAAGCUCAGACGGGAUAGAUCUUUUUCUGUAGAGAGAGCUACCCCUCCAAAUAAGACGAGCCCCUACACUGUCCGUUUUUAAAACUCGUCUUAAAACCAAUUUUUAUUCAUUGGCUUUCAACCCUGCACGAGACUCGGCUCCUGUUAGAGUGUUUUACGGUUUGAUUUUUAGUCAUUUGUUUCUAUGUUUUUAAAUUAGUUUUUAAAAACAUUGAAACUAUAUUUUACUUUUUAAUAUCUGCUUUUAUUUUAUCCACUGUUUUAAUUGUUUUUUUGAUUGUUUUUUAUGUCCGUGUUGUUUUGUCUAUUCAUGUACAGCACUUUGGUCGGCUCUGGUUGUUUUAAAGUGCUUUACAAGUAGUAGUAGUAGUUUAUUUGUCUCAUAGAGAAAUUGAAUUGCAGCAGAUCACACAUUUGGCAUUUCAUCUAGAACAGUACAGAUAAAAAAUAAAACAGCAUGUAGACAACUUCCACACAUAAUUAAAUACAAAUAAAGUUGAGUUGAAAGUUGAGUAUUGAAUAGUAACAAAAAAAAGACCAGUGUUUUUGUUUAGAGCACUUUACUCUUCUGCAUAGAGGUGAGUGCAGUUGGAGGUGUGUUAUUCAGUGUCACAUUAAAUAAUUAAUCUGCUGAUUGGUUUCUCAGAGAGCCAAUUAGUGUUUUUGUCUUUUUUAAUAAUGUCAAUCACUGCCCCAGCUGGUAUCAUGGGAAAAUCUAGUAAUGUUGAUAGUCUAAAACUACUAUUAUUCAACAAAUAUUUAAACUAUUCAUUCAAACUUUAAUUUAGUUUGUGAUUGACUGGUCAAUAUCUGGAUCAGUUUUUGUUGUUGGUUACCGUUUUUUUCUCCAUGUACACUGACCGUGUGUCUGAACUUGGUAGGAGUCUGGUCUGAAGGUGAAUCACCCAGCAUCCUUUGCAGUGCGUCUAAACGGAGCUCAGGGAAGGAUGACAGCCAAAGUCCACAGCCCUUCCGGAGCUCUGGAGGAGUGCGCUGUCACUGAGCUGGAGAAAGGUUUGUGUGUGUCCCAGAGGUCCAGAGAGGCCGGAGCCGCUGCCUGUAGUCUUGAUGCUCUUCAUUAAAAUAGUCUCACAAUGAAUAAAAAUCUUAAAUCAUUCAGAAAAUACACAAAAGAAGUGACAUCAUCUCUUCAUUCUGUCCUCCAGACAAGUACGCCGUGCGGUUCAUCCCCAGGGAGAACGGUAUCCACACCAUCGAUGUCAAGUUUAAUGGAUCUCACAUACCAGGAAGUCCUUUCCAGGUCAGAGUCGGGGAACCAGGACAGACAGGAGAGCCUGGUCUGGUUUCUGCCUAUGGAGCUGGACUGGAGAGAGGCACAACAGGUGGGUCAUUUGACAUCUUUUCUUGAAUGAUGUUUAUUAUAGAAGAAAAAACGUAGCAGGACUGAAGGGGAGAGCAGAUCUCAGCUUCAGCAAAGAGAUUCAUGUAAAAAACAAGUUUAUAAUCCAUGAAUUUGGUAUCUUUAAAAACAAGGAAACACUGUAUUGAAAAAUGAACAACGUAUGACUAAUAAAAUUCUUAAAGGGCGGUUUGUUAUCAAAUAGAUUGAAAAGGAUCAUCAAAAACACGACCUCUGUGGUGUAGAAAUGUCAAAGGAUACGGUUUAAAGGCUGAAUGUGAAUUGUGACCUGACAGUUAUUUGAAAGAGUGUUAACAUUGUGAAAACUACUGAAUGUUUGAAUCUUGCAGGUACUCAGUCCGAGUUCAUUAUUAACAACACAAAAGCUGGCCCUGGUUCCCUGGGUGUAACAAUCGAGGGUCCGUCCAAAGUAAAGAUGGACUGUCAGGAGAUCCCAGAGGGCUACAAGGUUCAUUACACUCCCAUGGCACCUGGAAACUACUUGAUCAGCGUCAAAUACGGGGGUCCAAACCACAUCAGCGGCAGUCCCUUCAAGGCCACAGUCACAGGUAAUGUGAUGACUCUGCUGAACUCAGCCUAACACCACAACAAAACCCAAAAACUGAAGCAAAAAGAGGAGAAGACCCUCAUGUAGUUCUGGAAGUCAUUUUUCACCACAGUAAGUCUUCUCAAUGAGCGUAUUAACCACUCUUUUUCCCUCUCAGGUCCUCGUCUGGUGAAUGUGACCAACGCCAGUGAGACUUCCACACUAACAGUCGACCCAGUGAUGAGGGCAUCCAGCAGCAGCUUCACUCAGAGUGCCAUGCCGAGGCCAGGCGACUCUGAUGCCAGCAAGGUUCUCAGUCGAGGUCCCGGCUUGAGCAAGGCCUUUGUGGGCCAGAAGAGCAGCUUCUCUGUUGACUGCAGUAAAGCUGGUAAGAAAGACUCCACCUGCAGAACCACCUCAAUGUUGGCCUGUGAUGAAGCAGCAAUAGUCACAGGGUGAUCACCGAUCUCCAAACAGCUGAUCUGAUAUCACAGCAUCUAAAAGCAAAGGCCAGUUUUGCUGGACCUCAGGUGUGGCUAACAGGUUUUUCCUGAGGUGUUGUAUCACAUGAGGUUGUUUUCCUGUCUACAGCCAGAUGAAGUACAACUAGAAUUACAAAAAAACACAUUUUGCAUGUUCAGAUGACAUUUUAUCUUAAAAUAGAGAGUAAAUUAUUAACAUUUUUUGAUACUCAGUGGUUUACACACGUUUCCAUCAUGACCUGCCAACCAAAACAAUUCCCAGUUUGACCUGCCUCCACAACAAAAAUGGUGCAAAACACUGAGAUUUGAAUCUGUCUUAUUGUGAUAUCUUCCCAAAAUGAGUUGCUUUGUGAAAAGACUGUCAUUAGACUGAGAGAUGGAUAUAUGGUAACCAUCUUUAAACUCAUACCAGCACUAGUUUUCAGAUCCUUAACCUGCUUUUUCCACUUACCCUCCAGGUAAGAACAUGCUCCUGGUGGGUGUGCACGGCCCUCAAGUCCCCUGUGAGGAAGUUCUGGUGAAACACUUGGGUAAUCUGCAGUACAAUGUGAGCUAUGUGCUGAAGGAGCGGGGAAACUACAUUCUGGUGGUGAAGUGGGGCGAGGACCACAUCCCAGGCUCCCCAUUCCAGGUCACCGUCCCAUGAUGCAUCAAAUAACCUUCCGGCGAUCCGCUCACGCCAUUUUCAAAGGACUGUCCAAUAAACCAAGUUGCUUUCUAUGCUUUAUGUUAUUUCUCUUUCCUGAUCAGAUGUUUCAGCGACUUUCUGCCUUAAAAAAUCUUUGACUUGUCACAGUGUUUUGUAGCCUGUCAAACUGCCCUUUGAAAAGUUGGACAAAAGACAAAAUGAAGUCAUCGGUGAAUGUAUUUUGGUAGUUUAACACUCGGUGCAGUGAGUCAGGGAGGCAACGUAUUUAAACUUUGUAAGAAUUUGACUUGAGCUCGAGCUGUAAAGAAACAACCUGUUAGGACAAAAAAAGAUUUAGGCUGCUUGCAAAUUGCCCGUUGACAAAAUCUUGCACUUCAUGAUGGUUUUAACACUUUGUUAAGACAAAUUAAAUUACUGGAUUUUACAUAUAAAAAAAUGUCCUGUUUCCAUAAUGUUAAAACUGGAUUUGGGCUGAGUGGAGGCAAAAUAACUGGAAUUACACAGCACUUUUCUAAAGAAGCAAACCCAACAUAAGGGACAUAUCAAUCCCAGAGUCCUGUGAGGUUCAUUUUUUGAUCGGUUGAGGACCUGGGAGCAGAGUGAGGAGCCUAAUCCUGUUGAGUCAUCCAGUUUCAUCUAGUUGGUGAUCUUCCAAAGAGAAUCAGACAAAUUGACUUAAUCUGUGGAGAAAUGUUCAGGUAAAAUGACAAAGUGCUGUGAAGGAAGCAUCUAAAUCCAAAAACUGCAACACUCUGUUCUGUUUGUUUUGAAGUGUUAACUGGUCGGACUUGCUUUGACUGGAGUGUCUUAUUGUCCCUAACUACUGAUGUUUGUUGUUGAUUUUUUGCUCUUGAACCGUAGACGUCACAAUCCCACUACAAUACACAAGGUUGCCAAAACAAAUCAGUGACUGUUAAAGCUGCCUUCACACCACUGGAUGCUGCACUGUACAUUAGACUACUUAGUUACCUGGUAGAGCUGCAGUCUGCCCCUACAGCUGUUUUCACAUGACUUUAUCUGACUUUAAACUGUGUGGCUCAGUGUUGAAAUGUUUACCUUAACAGGACAGAGAUCUCACUAUUUUAUGGAGUUAAAGUCAUGAAAGAUUAUCACCCUCCAUUUCCAGUGAGUCUCUUAAACAGACAGGUGUCAUCAGACAUAAGCCUUUCAGUCACUAAACACAAUAAAAAUACAUCAUUCCAUCUGAGCUGAAAGACUGGAGGUCAGAUUUUUGUUUUGUGUGUCAAUCCUGCAGACAAAUCUGGAUGAAUCUGCGUCAAGUUGUUUCCUAUCAUUGCUACUUUUGAUACUUGAGGGAUACGAGGAUUUUUGUAUGGGAAAACAAAACCUUUCAUUUUGUAUUAGGGAAUGGGUGUUCUAAUGUGAAACUAAAACAUGAGAUGGUGUACAUUUGAUAAUUAAAAUAAACUGGAAUUAAGUGACUCCAGA